AUGUUCGUCGCAUCGGUUGGAGAAUGGGUUGGCACUACGCUCUUUUUGUUCUUCGCAUUCGCAGGCACUCAAGUUGCCAAUGCCCACUCAAGAACGUCCGACGAAUCCACAACAACGAAUGCUACAGCUGGUUUUAGUCCUAUUGUCAUGCUGUAUAUUUCAGUCUCCUUUGGGUUCAGCUUGAUGGUGAACGUGUGGAUUUUCUUCAGGAUAUCGGGUGGUCUUUUCAAUCCUGCUGUCACUCUUGCUCUGUGGGCAACUGGUGCUGUCGGUGCCACGCGCGCUGUUUGUCUGUUCAUUUCACAGAUAAUCGGCAGCAUCACUGCGUCUGCGCUGGUUCUUGCCAUGUUCCCUACGCCAUUAAACGUCCGUACGACUUUAUCCGAGGGUACAUCUCUUGCCCAGGGCGUUUUUAUCGAGGCGUUGAUGACGGCGGAGCUCGUGUUCACCAUUCUCAUGCUUGCCAAAGAAAAACACAAGUCUACUUUCAUUGCACCUGUGGGAAUAGGAUUGGCUUUGUUUGUCGCAGAGCUGGUUGGUGUAUACUAUACCGGUGGAUCGCUCAACCCAGCACGCAGUCUUGGUCCAUGCGUUGUUACGAAUAAGUACGACACCGAGCAUUGGAUAUACUGGGUGGGUCCCGGCAUUGGCAGUCUUCUUGCUAUUGGUUUCUAUAAGUUCAUCAAGAUGCUAGAGUACGAGAUGGCAAACCCAGGGCAGGAUGGGGAUGACAACAACGAUCCGACCAAGAAUCCUAAUCACGAGGUCAGAGAAAAGCAGCGUUUGACCACGGCCAAGGUUCUCCAGUCGUUAGGGUACCCGCAUCUGGCUGAUGGGCAAGGGCAAGCAUCUCUCGAUACAAUGAAGCAGGCCGAGGAGGGCGGAUACUACGGUUGCCGCACACCUUCGGUGCUUGACAUGGCAGAUGAGCCGGAAAGGAGGAUGAACCCUGGCCUGGUGCUCUCCACGGUGGCCUCGAGGAGUGAUAUGCACAGUCCAGUUAGAAGCGACAUGCACAGUCCUGGUCGGAGUGAUAUGCACGGUCCUGUUCGGAACGAUCUGCAUAAUCCGGGAUACGCGCCGUCAGAAAGAACCUCUUCCGACAGGAGGACAAAUGCGGGGGUAUAUAACUGA